GUAAAUUUAAAAAAAAAAUCCCUCCAUUUGGUCGACAGUUGCUGUCACUUGCAUGAAGGUUGCUGGGGAUGCAUCGGUCGGUACAUACAGUCGCGCCGUCUUUGCGGGUUGAUGCGUCGGUGGUGUCGGCUGUACACACCAUACAACCUUCCAUGUUAAGUGGUGAUCUCCAUGCCUGCCUGUGUGGUCCACUGAUGCUCCAUCGCCGUUCUCCUGUACGUCGGAACGCGAGGCAGCAGAAAAGCAUGCGAAUCUUAUUACUCUUAUCGAGCGACUCCACACGCCAUACGGCUAUCUACACUGGCCUGCCACAAAGUGUGGGGGACUCCUCGUUGUUGUACAUACCUAUCGCGUGGAUUCACGAUGCGCUGACAUGGAGAACCAAGUUGAUUCUUCAAUACCUCGCCAAGAUCGGAGAGCGCUUGCCCCAUCGCGAACAGUCCAUGACGAACGUAACUCAAGCUAGCAUGUGUCGCAUUGUUAUCGCCUGUAUAUGCGCUCCUACGUGAUCGGCAAGGCCUUCCCUGGUAUGUCCGCAGAUGCACCCGCAGCAGCAACAGCUUGGGUCGGGUCGUCCACGAC